AUGAUGAUGUCGGCGGCGGCGGCGAGCCACGUAAGAGUGCUGCUUCCGUUACACCAGCAGCGACGAUCUAUCUCAACCGGAUCAGAGAUUAUUCGACUGAUUCGAACAGAACCGAGGCGAUUGAAGCUGACGAUAGCAACGACUGCGACUGCCAAGUACAAGGGGACGAAAAUGAGAGAAGAGAAGCUAUCGGAGAUGAUAGAGGAGAAAGUGAAGGAAGCGACGGAGGUUUGCCAGACCGACGAGGGAUCGGAGGAGUGCAGAGUCGCGUGGGACGAAGUUGAAGAGGUGAGUCAAGCCAGAUCAGAUCUAAGGAUCAAACUGAAGCUACUCAACCAGGAUCCUCUCGAGAGUUUCUGCCAAGAGAAUCCUGAGACCGACGAGUGUUCAGGAUACUUUGUUUUGGAUGAUGAGAGUGAUCAUGGCUAUGAUGGACACGCUUCUUCUCUGUGCUACUUCUUCAAAGGGUUUGGAAGCCAGUUAUGA